AUAUGUAAAGGAAUUAGACCUGAAAUACCUGAAAUACCUGAGUUGAAAUCAAAUCGCUAUAUUAACUUAAUGAAAAAGUGUUGGGAUUCAAACCCAGAUAAUAGACCAAAUGUUAAAUUAAUUAGCGCCAUUUUAGAUGAUGAAAAGAAUGAUCCUGUUGAUAGAAUUAAUGAUGAAGAAUUUAAAGAAGCGGAAAGAUAUCUUUUUAAAGAAUAUAAGGAAGACGAUAAAUUAAUUACUCAUCCACAAGCUAUAUAUACAUCUCGAUUACUCGAUCCUUAUACAGAAGGUCUUGCAAUUGAUUUUACAGAGUAA